AUGGCAACCAAUAACUCUUCAGUAUACAAGAUCAAUGAUCGGGUCAUUUUAGUUCAGGUGCUGGUGUCACUUUUCCUGUGCAUCAACUUUUUGCUAAUGACAACUUUUUUAAUGAGGGAUUUCUUCUACACAACUAUGCGUUACAUUUUAUUUGCUAUUACACUACUGUCUGAUAGUGUAUUUUUACUCAUGACUGAUAUCCUGCUCAUUUUGAGCUACUUUCAUUUUACAAUACAAAUGUGGCUGUGCCUUAUUAUGUAUAUUGUCUUGUCUCUGUACACCUUUGUAACACCAGUUACUCUGACAGCAAUGACCCUGGAGCGCUACGUGGCCAUUUGCAUGCCACUGCGCCACGGAGAGCUGUGCUCCACACGCAGUGCUCUGCAUGGCAUUCUCAUCAUUCAUGGCCUCAGCUCUGUGCCCUGCAUUGUUGUUCUCUCCAUCUUCUUUGCAUCUGCGACCCACAGCUUCUACACCAAGAGUGGAAUAUGCUCUGUGGAGAUGUUCAUCCUUCACACUUGGCAGGGUCAUAUUAGGUCAGCUAUAAGUGAGUUCUACUUCUUGAUCAUGUGUAUCACCAUUGUGUUCUCAUAUGUUAAAAUUAUGAAAGUGGCCAGAGCUGCAUCAGGAGAGAGUAAAAAGUCAACAUGGAAAGGGCUCAGAACAGUUCUUCUUCAUGGUUUCCAGCUGCUCCUCUGUCUCAUCCAGCUUUGGUGUCCAUUCAUAGAAGCUGCUGUACUUCAGACUAAUUUCAUGUUAUUCAUUAAUGUCAGGUACUUUAACUAUGUAACUUUUAUUCUUGCUCCAAGAUGUCUGAGUCCUCUCAUUUAUGGUCUCAGGGAUGAAAUCUUUUUCCAUGCACUGAAAUACUAUGCUCUCUGUGGCUUGUAUAAGAAAUAUCAGAGUUCUUUUCAUGACAAAUUUAAGUCAUGA